AUGCGUGUGAAUAUCCUUGCGGCUAAUAUACACAAACCCAGCUUGGACAUUACUGGGAGUGGCAUUUUUACACCCAAUGGCCCACAGGCAUAUUACUUUGAUAUGGAAAGCCAGGAUGGCAAACUCUUACUUGCAGAAAUUGAAGCACAUCCCCGUCUUUCUCCCACCUACCCUCCCCCUUUCAACUGGAGCUUGUAUGCAUCAGGGCUUCAACAUUUCUCACCACAGAGCCCAGUAUUUCACAACAGUAUCUAUUUUGAUAAUUUCACCUUUACGGAACUAUCACAAGAAGCAGGAAACUAUACGGUCUGCCAGAAAAACCUCUGCUGCUAUUUGAACUACAGUAUGGCAGAGAAGCAAAAGGAUGAAGUUUACGCUUUGGGUGUUUUUGAUGGGCUUCAUGUGAUUGAAGGAGAAUAUUAUUUGCAGAUCUGCACACUUCUGAAGUGUAAUGGCACAAACCUGAAGUCGUGCGGCCAGCGAGUUGAUACUGCUGCUACCAGGUUCAAUUUCUUUUCCCUCAGUGGCUCAUUUAACACUAAUUAUGUGUUUCCUGAAGUGCUGCUCAGUGGGACCCAACUGGCUCCUGGAGAAUUUAAGGUUUUGCCCGAUGGACAGAUGAUUAGUGAGAAAGGCCUGUCAAAGCCACUUCUAGUGGCAGCUCUUUUUGGAAGAUGGUAUGAAAAAGACUCCCCACACCCCACCUCCAAUACACCAUGAACUAGGCCUUCAUGAUUUGCUUUCCUUUCACAUGGGCGCUAUUUUUUUUGUUUGGCAUAGAAAUUAUGUCUAUUUUCUAACAUUUCUGGUAGCUAAAGAGAAAAGCCAAAGUGAAAAAUGAUCAAUAUUCCAUCAUGCACAGGAUCCAAAUGAAUGCUUCAAGUGAUGCAAUCAACUUUCUUCAUCAAUGAAAAUGUAUGGGAAUCCAGAUGCUAUUCCUUUCUCUAAAUGAGACAGGGUAUUUUUCAUAACAACUUCCAUCUUUUCACUUUCCACCACGAAGUUGUUGAGCAGGAAAAGAAAGGACAGUGUUACUUGGAACAUUAGGCAUUAUUAGCAUUUUGUUAAAGCUGUUAUUAGGAUUUUAGCAUGGCAUCCAUGUCUCCUUUUUAAGUUUAAGAAAUGUUUUUCCUAGCCCUUUCAGGGUUCAUUAAUCAAACAAUAGGGCUGUAUUCUGAAAUCCUUGAGUGUUGCAAAUGUUAAAGAAACAAGCUUGAAUGGAAAAGGAGAAGAUACAACAUAUUUAAGGGCAGGGGUCCCCAAUCCCAAGGCCGUGGCCCAUUCAAAACUCAGCAGAGCAAGCAGGGUGUAAGCACAGCUCUGUUUGUGUGAGUGGUGGGUGCUCGUGCUUGAGAGCAAAGCUCCAUUUGCAUGAGAAGUAGGUGCACAUGCCCACUACUUGCACAAAUGGAAUUGUGCGAGUUCACAAGCAUGCCUGUGGCUCGCACGGAACUAUCCCUUCGCCACUGACAGUCCACCAAGCUGCUUUUUUAGGGGGUCUGUUUUUUCUCAUAUCUAAUCAAUGUCUUAUUUUUAUUUCUGACUCAUCGUAUAUAUUAAAUGUAUGUGUCAUUUGUUUCUGUGCCCUAUAUAAAAUCUUGAACCCUCUUAAUAAAAUGCUUGUCGCUUCCCCCAAA